AGCGCCUAAGUUUUUCUGGCUCGUCAACCACAAACUUUGCUUGACUGAUGCCAUGCAAUAGCGACUCGUAGCCUACUACUAGCUAGAGUAGAAGCAACCGAAACAGACCCAACAAAACCAACAUUAGUUAGUAACAAUGAGUGAGGAAAAGGAACGUAGCACACCGGCCCGAAGUUGGUCCUUUCAGCUUCCCGACAACGAAGAUAAGGAAGAAGGAGAUGGCGUGGAUGUCCCGGAAGAUCGACCUCUCUCCGAAGCCGACCGUAACCUCCAGAAUUCACAUCAGGUUCCCUUUUACAAGUUUGUUCUCACGGGAGGUCCUUGUGGAGGAAAGACAACUGGUUUGGCUCGAGUUUAUUACUUUUUGAAAGAGAGAGGCUUUGAAGUAGUCAAUGUGGCCGAGGCCUUUACCAUUUUGGCGUCCAAUGGCAUGUCGGGAGAUUUUUUUGCCACACAAGGGAUGGACGUAGUCAUUCAGCACACUGUGAUGGAUGUUCAAAUGGGAUUGGAGGAUGGCGUCGAACGCAUUUUGCGAGCUCGCGGACGUCCAGCCGUCAUGAUGUGUGAUCGAGGGACUAUGGACGGAGCUGCCUACAUGGAACGAAAGGACUGGCAUGCUCUGUUAAAAGAUCGAGGGACCACCGAAACGGAAAUUCGCGACAAUCGAUACAAUGCUGUCUUCCACAUGGUGUCGGCAGCCGAUGGAGCCGAACCACAUUACACGCUAGAAAACAAUCAAGCUAGAACCGAAGACGCCGAAGCAGCGCGCAUGAUGGAUCGCAAAACACAAAAGGCGUGGGUCGGUCAUUCCCAUUUGUACGUAUUCGACAAUUCAACCGACUUUGAACGGAAACUCGAGCGACUCGUAGAUGUCAUUGCAAAAUUGGUAGGGUUGCCAUCCAAUCUCAAAAGGAACAGUGCCAAGUUUGUACUCAGAACACCACCCAAAACCCAAGAUUUCCCAGAAGAUAUCGAUUAUCACAUUUUCUCGGUGGAAAAAGUUUACUUGACAACGAAUGAUGGCGAUGAUGAUACCUACAGCUUUAUUCGAAAACGCACAAACCUUGAUCCAACGGGAAAGAAACAACUAGGUUUUGUUUAUCAGCUUACAACGGUGACAAGAACACCGUCGGGAGACACAAUAGAAGAAAAACGCAUCAUCACGGCUCGAGAGUACAGUUCCGCUUAUCUGACGCGAGAUGUUUGUCGGCACAUUGUCCUGCAAAAACGAAUCAGUUUCUUGUACAAAUUGCAAAGUUUCACCAUUCAUAUUUACCAACAACCUGUCAGUGACAUUUGUAUUUUGCAUGCACAAGUUGAGGCCACGGAAGCAAGUACGGAACCAAACGUCGACUUGCCCCCAUUCUUAGAUGUCGAAAAGAGACUCUCCGACUCUAACGAAGAGGAUGAAGAAAAGUACAGUGCAUACAACAUUUCACUCAUCAACAAAAUCCCAGUCAUCAAAGAGGAAGAAUGAUUCGAGCGAUGAAUGUCUGGUCACUGGUAUUUGGAACACAUUGAAGCACUUUUAAAAUCAAAUCAAUCCACAACUAACUGGGAGAGUCACAUUGGUUAGAGUAGAGAAACAGGGGGAAAGCACAUUGUACUGCAAAUACCCAGCGAAUGGCAUGAGCACCGAGAAUUACUGGUGCCUUGCUCGUUGGGAAGUUUGAUUCACUUUUAUGGAUAGAUAUGGAUGCGACGGUUUGGCUUCUAAAAUAUUGAAAUCACUCAUUUGUACAGUACAGUUGUGGUCAUCCGGGCUGCCAGUACGGUCGCAUUGAGCUCCUGUGAGCUUCAUUCCGCUAUAAGCCUGUGAGCUUCAUUCUCCGGUGUUGUACGGCUGAACAUGAUGUACCGUAAAAGUACGGUAGUAAAAGAGAUGCCAAUCUGGCAAGCGCGAAAUUUCAAACAGCCUUGCUGGUUAUCUUUAACAGCUGACUUCAACCCUGCUUUUGACACCUUCAAGGCGGCGAAUCUUCGUCGGUCUUCUUGAGAGAUCUCUCUCUCUUCUUCGGAUCUUUGGUGUCCACCCAGAGCCGC